AUGAUGGCAGCCCCACGAAGACCGUACUCUCGACAAGGUUGUCGUGAAUGCAAGCGACGAAAAAUCAAAUGCCCCGAAGAAAAACCUGCUUGUUCAACUUGUGUACGACUUGGUAAAUCAUGUUCAUAUCCAUUAGCUGGUGAAAAAGUAUUGCGUAUAUCACGACGAUUGAUUAGAGAAGAGAUUGAAAAUUUGGGUAAAUCUACUCAUUUUUUGCCAGUUCAAUAUGACGUACCAAAACGUCAUUUGCAGUCAGAGAAUAAUGGUGGUGCUAGUGCUUCUCCUUCGAAUAAUGUGUCUGGUGGUGAACAAUUGUCGCCAACUCCCACGCCAACUCCACUGAUCACCACCACCGGCAACAGUAACAACAAUCCUAGUUUCACUCCCGUACAGAAUGAUCCCUUAACUAAUGAAUCCGCUCCCACAGUUGCUAAUUCACAAGAGCCGGGAAGAAGAUCAUUUUUGAAUAUUGAAAAUCUUAUAAAUAAUAAUCAUAAUGAAGAUCAUUUGGAUUUCCUUAAUGGAACAGAUUUAAACAUGUUGACAAAUGAUUUGUCCAAUUUGGUCAAUGAGAUUAUGGAAUUUCAAAAUAUCCCAUUCCAAGAAGAUUUCCAGUUUGAUUUCUUUGGUGAUACACCUACCGUGACUCCGCAACAACAACAACAUCAUCCACAACAACAAUCGCAACAACAACCCUCAUACGAUGACGAGUUUAUUAUAAACGUACCUAUAGAUUACAUCAAGCUCAAGCGCAAACAUGAAAUCUUAUACUUGGAACAAUUUUACAACAAUUUCGCCAACAUCAUCGAACCCUUCAAUGCUUACCAUUCUCAAACUAAAAUUACUUCAAACCCCGCCAGAGAUAUCAUUUUAAAAACAGCCAGUACUGAACCAUGUUUACUCGCGGCAGUACUUGCAGAAGGAGCCAAAACCAGUUUUAUGAAGUACAAACAACCCGAAGAUGAAAAGGCUUAUGGAGCAUAUUUGACCAAAUGUUUAAAAUUACUUGAACCAGCUAAAGAAAUCACCAAUUUGAAUGCCAAUAUCGAAGGUGUAUUGUUGACUUUACUCCUACUUACUGCGGCUACGGCAACUAGUACACAACAAUGGCGACCUCAUUUAACUGGAUGUAAGGAUUUAUUGCUCAAAAUUUCGACAAGUAAUAAUACGGCUAAUAUUUCCAAAGUGUUUGUGUUUUGUAAAUACUGGUUUCUUUCAAUUGAAAUCUUGGCUGGAUUAAGUACAAACAUUGGUGGUACCUUACAAACGGAUCAUGAAAUUGAUCGUUUAAUGUCAUGUGGAUCAGAAUAUGAAAUUGGUAUUCUUUGCGAAUUGGGGAUCAUCACCAAUCAAGGGUUUAAUAAUCUUAUGGGGUAUCAUAAUACUUGUAUUUCCUGUUUCCGUGAUUUAUUCAAAUUACUUAAUCGAUACCGAUUAAAUGAUGGUAUUACGCCAGCAAUGGAUUCGUUACAAAAUAUGAAGGUUCUUUCCGAUUUCUAUCAACAAACUACAAUCGUAUACAUUGAUUCCAAAGGUAUAAUCCCUGAAUCUGGACUACAUAAAUACACACCAGGACUACCCAUUGAAGAAAUCCGAGUUGGUGAAAAGAGUUUUUGGUUAAGUUGGCAAGACAUAUCUCAUCAAUCAUUUGUCUUAUCAUCAAUCAUAUUAAUCUUGACUCGUUUCUAUCAAUUAGAACCAACUAACCCCAACGUAUCUCAACUUGUCGACAAGAUUGUUUCAUUUAUUCAUUAUCUCCAUAAUUUUUCCGAUGUACAACAACACGCAUCACCAUUCUUACUAUUGAUGAUUCAAUGGCCAUUAUUGAUAACUGGUUUACAAACAGUACGUGAAGAACAACAGUGGUUAUUGUUGAAGUAUUUCGCCAUGGUGGGACAAAUUGGUGCCGCCACUGCUAAUGUUUCCGUCAAGAUGUUAAAAAAACAAUGGAAGGGUACUUCGUCAUUUGAAGUUGGUGACACGUUGAUUUACUAA